CAUCUUCAUUAACUUUAACUUUUAGACUCAUCACUAAACAACUGCCAACCAACUGUUAAUCGAGAAACACUAGACGCCAAAUCAUUUCGACCACCAUGGCGUCGAACGGUUAUAGCUUCAGCUCUUCUACCAUAUCUUUCACAUCUUCUACUACUCGAAACGGGGAGACCACUGGGUCCCGCUAUGCAGAACAUACUUCAAGUGACCCAUCGGGCACCACCACUCACACUGCGUCGCAACGUAUGGGCGAGCCCCUCCGCCAUGAGCGCCGCGACUACGAUGCUUCGGGUCGUCUCGUUUCUUCCACAGACCGAGCCCUAAACGAGAACGGUACAGAUACGAACCGCCGCAUUGAGGAUGUAUCUGACGAACAACUGGAAAGGGAUAGACUCUACGAUGAGCGCAUCAGGGACGAGUAUUCGAAGAGAGAGGGAGGUGCAUGAACUAGGAGAUUGAUUUUGGGGGGUUAGAAGAUAGCAGAUCAUGUAUAAGUGUACUUGGACAUAAUGAAUCCAAUCUUUGAACAAGAA